AAAGUCUCCAGACCGGAAGCUCCGCAAAGUUGCUCCGCUCGGUGUAGUUUUGUCGUCGGUGCGAUGUGCGCGGCGCCUCUCGCUGUUGCCGCUGUAUUUUCCUGCAUAAAAUGGUCCGACCAAAGACAGCGGAGAAUCAGAAGGACCAGAGGCGGCAGCGGCAGCAGCAGCAGCAGCCCGGGGGGAACCAGGACCUCACUGAGACUCCAGCGAUUAAAGAGGAGCCAGAGGAACAGCGCGUGAGUCAGGAGGACGAGCAGCUGCAAGUGUCUGUUCUUGAGUACAGAGCCGUGUGUGUGAAGACAGAAGAGUCCUCAGAGGGAGAGGACGUCAGCUCAGAGACACACGUCCACAGAGAGACUGAGGGAGACGGGGAGCGCUCCUCUGACAAUGAUGAAGACCGUGGAGCUCCGUUCGUUUAUUCAGUCUCAGGUGUCCAGAUCCCCCCUCCCCCCUCUGAGGACAUCGCAGAGACGCCCCAGGUGAAAGAAGAGUCAGAGGAACAGAGCAUCAAACAUGAGGAAGAGCAGCUGCAAGUGUCUGUCCCGGAGUACAGAGCCGUGUGUGUGAAGAAGGAAGAGUUCUCAGAGGGCGAGGACAUGAGCUCAGAGACACACGUCCACUCUGAGACCGACGGAGACACAGAACACUCCUCUGACAACGAAGAAGACUGGGGAGAUCCAUUCAGCUGUUCAUCUGUCCAGGACUCGGAGGCUGACGGAGACUUUAAAGACGUCCAGAUCCGAGCCAGAAACUCCGAGAGCAGCUCCACUGUGGACUACGGCGACAUGUCAGGAACAGCCGAAGGAGCCGAGAGGAGGAAACACCAGUGCCAUUUAUGUAACGAGGGAUUUGCGUCGAAGUAUAAUUUACAAAGACACGCUAGAGUUCACACAGGAGAGAAACCAUUCAGCUGUUCAUUCUGUAAGAAAACAUUUGCCCAAAACGAUCAUCUGAAAGAACACAUGAGAACACACACAGGGGAGAAGCCUUACAGCUGUUCUGUGUGUGAGAAAACCUUCACCCACAAGGGCAGCCUGUACGCACACGGAAGACUGCACACAGGAGAAAAACCCUACAGCUGUUCUGUGUGUAAUACACGGUUUACCUCAAGCUACAACCUGAAAAGUCACAUGAGCACGCACACAGGAGACAAACCUUUCAACUGCUCAGUCUGUAACUUACGGUUCACCUCGAGCUCUCACCUGAAAAGACACAUGGGCACGCACACGGGAGACAAACCCUACAGCUGUUCAGUCUGUAAUAUGAGAUUUUCCUUAAGCUCGAGCCUGAACAGACACAUGAGAACACACACGGGGGAAAAACCUUACAGCUGUCCUUUCUGUAACGCACGGUUCACAUCCAGCUACAAAAUGAAAAGCCACAUGAGCGGACACACGGGGGAUAAACCUUUCAGCUGUUCUGUUUGUAACACGCGUUUCAACUCAAGCUAUCACCUGAAAAGACACAUGAUCACGCAUACGGGAGAGAAACCCUUUGGCUGUUCCAUGUGUGAAAAACAGUUUACGUCGAGUUAUUACCUGAAAUGUCACAUGAGGAGUCACACGGGAGAAAAGCCUUACUGCUGUUCUGUCUGCGACGCUCGGUUAACCUCCAACGACUCUCUGAAAUGUCACAUGAGGAUCCACACCGGAGAAAAACCUUACAGCUGUUCGGUCUGUAAUACAAGGUUUAGUUUGAGUUCUUCACUAAAAAGACACAUGAGAACUCACGCAGAAGAGGAUUAGAGUUUGGGUUGGUGUUAAAAAAGCACCUGUGGUUUAAAUUCAGUUUGGAAUUCUCAGUUAACCACGUUUUAUUUAAGAUUUGACAAAAAAUCUGAAAAGGGCCCAUAUUACACUAUUUUUUUAAUCUGUUAUGAUGCUGCUUCCUCUUCACAGACAUUCCCUGAGUUGUGUUUUGUUUGAUUUAAUCCUGCAAAUUUAGGAGUUCUCGCUUCAUGACAUCACAAGGUGGGACAGAGCGUUUUGAGCUUUGGAGAUGUGACAGACUGAUAAUAAAGAGUUACUCAAAUGUGUGAAUGAAACAAAAGACAACUCCUGGUCUGUUUUUGUGGAGGUAACAACAUUAUAACAUAACUUAAAGUUCAUACGAGUCAGUUUUUUGUGAUAUAAAACCUUUAAUAAUUUUAUGAUUUUACUUCGUAGUUGGACACAGGCGGCAGAUGUGACAUGUGUAAAGAUGAUUCUAAAAUUGUUUUCAGCGACCAAACAAGGGCCAAAACUAAACUGCACAAUAGUUAAAUGGUUAAAUGGAAUAGUUGAGUGGACUAAUGAAGAUAUGAAUGAAAAUACCUGUUAUGGUGUUAAAUCAGUACCUGAAUGCCUUCCUCGUGCGUAAAUUGCUGCGUUUUUGUUGUUGUUCUGUUUUUGGUGUAAUGUUGUGUGUUGCUGCAGGUAGAGGUAUUGAUUUUCUGUUGAAUUUCUCACUUUGAUAUCAGUUUUUUCAGUGUAAAAAAAAUCAGUCUGUAUAAAAAUGCCAGAGACGUGUCAGUCUGGAUUUUCCAAACAAAGUCAGAUGAACUCCCUUAGGAUUAAUGCCUUGGCAUCUUGGAUCUUUGCACUUUUGCACAAAUUUAAUAAUUCAAACUUGUUUUUAGAGUUAAAAAAUUUAAAGUGAGAAAUUCAGUGCCAUUUAAAAUUCAGCAUCUGAAACAAACGGUCGUCAUGGUGAUGACAUUUCUUGUUUUCUGCUACAUUAAAUAUUCUUUAUACGA